GAAAAUGAUAAUGAUACCUGAGAUUGAAUAUCUUACACUACUUAAGAUGAUAAAAGGUAAAUCUGAUUUUAUGCACACCGAGAAGGCACAAACUGACGCUAUGAUAAAGGAUACUCUUGAAGAUCCAAAAAUAAAUGAAGAAACGCGUGCUAAAAAAUAUAAUUUGUUGUAUAAUCAAAGACGACAAUUAAAACAAAAAAUAGAAAAUCGUCCUCACAAAGUAAUAAUUCAAGAUAAUACUGUACCUGAUAUAGUUCCAUACCUUGAGAGUAGUAAACCAAAAAGACCAUUCGAUGAUUUUAAGAAGGAAGAAUUAAAUACGCCUGUGAAUAAAAGAACAUAUUCAAGAAGAGUAUCACCUUUCAAAGGAAUUAUUUCAAAAAGGUUCGCUGACGAUCUGGAGGAAUACAUAGGCCAAAACAGAGAAAAAUUUUUAAUUCACGAUGAUGGGACUUUUGACACAAAUGUUCGCGGUAGAAGUAUUAAGGAAAGUAACUUUAGUCAUGUAAUUGAAUAUAUUACUGGUGAAAGACCGACUAUAUCUAAAGGAUUCAGUUUCCUUUUUGGAAGAAUUGCUAAAGAUCCGCUAGUUAAGGAAAUGAUUCGUGCAUCACGGGGGGAAGAAACCACAUCCGAUGAGAGUAGCAGUAGCCAAUCUGGAAGAGGAAAAAAGAGGAAACGUGUGUUGGUAAGUAUAAAUUCUCAAAACAAGAAAUUUGUACCAAAAAUAUGGGAAAAACUCUAGAAAAACAUUUGGAACAAGUUUAUUAUUCGCUUAACUCGCCAGCCUCUUAUGCGGGAAUUCGUCGUGUUUAUGAAGAAGCGCGUCUUAAGUAUCCCAAGCUAAAAAUGAAGGAUGUGCAUGAUUUCAUGCAUA